GAUUUUCAUCUCUUUAUUUUAAAUAUUUAAAUAUUUAAUUCUUUAAUUUUUUUUUUGUUACGUUACUCUACUUUAUUAUUAAUAAUACUAUUAAUUGAUAAUAAUCUAAUUCACCAAGUCCCUCACUCUACCAACCUAAUACCAUAAAAUGGAAACAACUCUCUCAAAACGAGAGGUAUCUUCAAAAGCUGCUAGCUUUGAAGAAGGUGAACGAUACCUUGAUGAAAAGGAAGAAAAGGGCUCCUUCGUCGAUUCCCACAAAGGAACCAGAGACCCAAAGGAUAUUGAUUACGAAAACGAAGAUCUCGACCUUGAAAUUGUCAACCAGAUCGCAAGUGUUGAAGAUGACCCAAAUACCAAAGUUUUAACCGUUCGUGCCUUCGUUUCUGGCUCUCUGCUCGCAUGUCUCGGUUCUUCCGUUUACCAGCUGAUGCAGUUCAAGCCUGUCCCUGUCCCACUUUCCAACAUGUUCUUGUUGAUUCUCGCUUACCUCCUCUGCCAGGGUUCAACUCGCGUUUUUAAGACCGGCACUCUUCUCAACCCCGGCCCCUUCAACGUUAAAGAGCACACCUUGAUCUAUGUCAUUGUUUCUUCCGCAAACGCAUCUGCUUACGGUACUUACAUUCUCGGUGCCCAGCAACUUUACUACACUGAAUACCCCAGUGCAGCUGGUGGUAUCUUCUUGCUGUUUGCUACUCAAAUCAUCGGUUACGGUAUUGCUGGUCAACUUCGCCCAUUCCUUGUCUACCCCUCUCAAAUGAUCUGGCCCACCAGUCUUCCCACCGUUUCUUUCCUCAAGACCUUCAACGGUCCUGGAAAUGAAAGCAGAUUCCUCAUCAAAUUCUUCUUCGCCGUCUUCUUCGCUGUCUUUGUCUGGGAACUCGUUCCUCAGUACAUGUUCCCUCUCCUCGGUGGUUUCUCCAUCGUCUGUCUCGCCAAGCGUGACAGUGUCUGGGUCCAGCGCAUCUUUGGUGGUAUAUCAGUUAACGAAGGUCUUGGUAUCGGCUCCAUCAGUUUGGACUGGACCAGUCUGUCAUACUAUGCUCCUCUUGUACUGCCCUUGUAUGUCCAAUUCAACAUCUAUGGUGGUAUCUUGAUCUUGUGGCUCUUGGCUCCUCUUGUUUACUACUUUGAUGUCUGGCACGCCAAGAGCUUCCCCUUCUUGUCUAACGGUCUGUACCAAUUGAACGAAGAGACUGGUGAAGCUGUCCGUUAUCCCCAGGCUCUUGUGCUCGAUGAACUCAACAACAUCAACCUUACUGCUCUCGAAGAAGUCGGUCGACCUUACUAUGGUGCUAUCUACGCUAUCCAAUACAUCUUCAUUAACUUCGGUGUCACUUCCAUGGUCACCCACGUCAUCCUCUACCAUGGUGCUGACAUCAAGAACAUUGCUUUUGCCAUCUUCAGACGCAAGGAAUCCAAAGAGCAAGAUAUUCACAACCGUCUCAUGUCUGCUUACAAGGAAGUUCCCGCCUGGUGGUACUACAUUAUCUUUGUUUGCGGUAUUGGACUCAACAUUGGUAUCGGCUAUGCUAACAAGAGUCAGCUCCCAUGGUGGGGUUUCUUGAUUGCCAUCAUCUUGUCUACUGUCUUGUCUCUUCCCUUGAACAUGAUUACUGCCAUUACUGGUACUGGUUUCGGUCUCAACGUCGUCGCUGAGAUGAUUUGCGGUUUCAUGCUUCCCGGUAACCCUGUUGCUAACAUGUACUUCAAGACCAUUGGUUACAACACCAUGUCCCAGGCUGGUGCCAUGGCAGCAGAUCUUAAGAUUGGUCACUACCUCAAGGUUCCCCCAAGAAUCGUUUUCUCUGCUCAGAUGCUCGGUACCGUCAUUGGUUGCAUCUUCAACUACAUUGUCAACUACACUAUUAUCAACUCCAAGAGAGAACAGCUUUUGGACCCCAACGGUAACAUCUGGAGUGGUUCCACUCCUCAAACUAUCAACUCUGCUGCCAUCACCUGGGGUGCCAUUGGUCCCAUGUUCAUGUUUGGUCCUGGUACUCUUUACUACUUCUUCUUGUGGGCCUUCAUUGUCGGAUUGUUCCUCCCAGUUCCUUUCUGGCUUCUUCACAGAUUCUUCCCCAAGGUCGGUUUUAACUAUAUUAACGUUCCUAUGAUCUUGGUCGGUCUCUGUACUCUUCCUGGUUCAAGUUCAUCAUGGAUUACCCUGUCUUGGGUUAUCAUUCUCGUCAGUCAGCUUUACGUCAAGCGCCGCUAUAGCAAGUGGUACGUCAAGCACAACUACUUGAUGUCUGCUGCUUUGGAUUCCGGAGCUUCCCUCAUGUCCUUCUUGUUGGCCAUGACUGUCUUUGGUGGUGGUGAUGGUAUCGAGAGACCUUUCCCUAACUGGGCUGGUAACAACAACGAUAUCCCUUACUACGAUUACUGCUGCGCUGAUUGCGAAUAAUUCUUACUUAAACAUAUCUUAAUUACUUUUAUUUAUCUACCCUUCUUACUAAAGAAGCAUAUUCACACCUUAUUCCCUAUAUUUUCUCUCUUCUUACUAUUCUAAUGUACGGACAAGUUUAUUAUCACUGUCCUUCUCGAGCAGGAUAACUCGAGUAGUAAUCUAAUUAAAAGAGCUAUACUUUAACAAAUAAUAAAAUAAAUUCAUUUUGACUUUUUAUCGGUCACUUCAAUAUA